GUAAGAACUGGGACCUAAGCGCUGCUCUCAGUGACUAUGAGCAGCUAAGACAAGUACACACUGUCAACCUGCCCACUGUGUUCAACGAGGGCCGUUACUACCGGCAACCGGACCACGACACCCCCCAGCACCUCAGCAAGGUGGAGCGGCCCGGUGUCCAGAGACAGGAGGACAACAUGCAAGAGAAGCGCCUGUCUCGGGGCAUCUCCCAUGCCAGCUCUGCCAUCGUGUCGUUGGCACGGUUCCACGUGGCCAGUGAGUGUAUCAGUGAGCAGUUCCCUCUGGAGAUGCCUAUCUCCACCUUCCAGCUGCCUGACCUCAGCGUCUACAGUGAAGACUUCAGGACCUUUAUAGAGAAGGACCUCAUCGAACAGUCUACCAUGAUGGCCCUGGAACAGGCUGGUCGUCUGAACUGGUGGGCCACUAUGUGUACCAGUUGUAAGCGUCUUCUUCCUCUGGCCACCACGGGGGACGGCAACUGUCUGCUACAUGCAGCUUCUUUAGGGAUGUGGGGCUUCCACGACAGAGACCUGGUGCUGAGGAAGUCUCUGUAUGGCAUGAUGAAGAGUGGAGCGGAGAGAGAGGCUCUGAAGAGGAGGUGGCGGUGGCAGCAGACACAACAGAACAAAGAGUCAGGGCUGGUGUACACGGAGGAGGAAUGGGAGAGAGAAUGGAACGAGCUGCUGAAACUAGCUUCUAGUGAACCGCGUACACACAGCAGCAAGAACAACAACAAUACUGUAGGGGUGGAUAACUCAGAGGACCCUGUGUAUGAGAGUCUGGAGGAGUUUCAUGUGUUUGUCCUGGCUCACGUGCUGCGUCGACCAAUCAUAGUGGUGGCUGACACCAUGCUACGGGACUCAGGGGGAGAGGCAUUUGCCCCCAUCCCGUUUGGAGGGCUGUACCUGCCCCUGGAGGUGCCUCCUAACCUGUGCCACUGCUCCCCCCUGGUCCUAGCUUACGACCAGGCACACUUCUCUGCCCUGGUGUCCAUGGAGCAGAAGGACCAGCACCAAGAACAAGCUGUGAUCCCGCUGACCGACUCAGAACACAAGCUGCUAUCUCUCCACUUCGCUACGGACCCUGGGAAGGACUGGGAGUGGAGCCGAGACCACAACGACAACAUCAAGCUAGCCAAGUGA